UUCUCCUCAGUCUAUCAGCCUGAGGAGAACAGGGGACAUUCAAGGGACAUAAAGAUAUCUGUGGAGUCUGUGUGAAAAAAAAAAAAGGGCACUGAAGAAAAUGUACUUACCUUUGAUAACCCUGGUCUCAUCCUUGGGUACCAUUUUUUCUCUUCAGGACCUCUCUCCCUAGAAAAGAUGCACUAGUGAUUGCACCCCAUGGACAGAGUCGGGUGUUGGAGGGUUAUCUUCCCCAAGGGCAUAUAUGUUUAAAUAUUCUCUAUACAUGGAGAAUGGAAGGCUUUGCCUUUCACAAAAAGUAUUUUCAGUAUUUCAGGAGCUUAUUGAGAAGUGUUUUUGUUGGCUGAGCUAACUAUCAAACCAGCCUCCCUGCUAUGCUGGCCACUGGGCUGCCUGUACCUGAGAGCUGGACUUGGGGAGAGUGGGGGCACUGCCCUCUGUGUCCGCCUGCUGGCUAUGGUGUUGGAUUGUAUGCCUGUGCUUCCCACGUCACGUUUGUGAUGCCCCUGCUGUGUGGGCUUUAAGUGUGGCUGAACGUCAGUCUCCUAAUUAGAAACCUGGCACUUUGUGGGUUACCUCCUCUCAAGUAACUCCCCCCUGCCUCUCAGAGGGGCUGCAGAGUGGCCCUUUCUGAAGCUGGCAGGUGAGGAAGGACAGCAACUGGCUGGGCAAGUUGUCAUGUUGGUCCUGAGCCUUUCCGAGGCUGGUGUUUUGUAGGCACGUCUUUUACCUAUGCCCUGUUUAGAGGGCCAGUCUAAACAAAUUCACCUAAAAAAGAUUGGACACAGAGAAACAAACAUUUGAGGUUGGGAUUGAGCUGCCCAAUAACAACCUGAAUUCUUUACUCCCCAGUGGACACUUUGAGCACAGAUGGUGCCUGAAUGUGUAUAUGCUUGUUCUUAUAUAACCAUGUUUUCAUGUGUGGACAGUACAUGUGUCUGAGAAGUGUAAGCUCCUAUGGUUGGGGAGUCCUCACUCUGGACAACAGCCUUAGAGCAUGGGUUGCCUCCAUUUCUGUAGAACUUCCUUCCACCACUUAGGAGACCAGGAGGUGAUGGGAACCUUCCUGCUGUUAGCGCCCUCUUGUGUUGGACACUGGUAUGCCUGGCCUCCAGGGCAAGAGCCCAGACACCUGCAGUCUGGCUGUGCCCUUGAGGCUGUCCCACCCAGAUCAGGACCUCGGUCAGGUCUUUCAGCGGGUCCAAGGCAGGUUUCUUGGGCAAGAGUCCUGUUCACACGUCUGCACCGGAACCAUGUGUGACCAGCAGCAGAUUCCGUGUUGCCUGCCGCCCCCCCAGUGCUGUGUGAAGGGUUCCUCCUUCUUCCCCUCCUCGUACCCUUCUCCCCAGGGCCAGGUGGUCGUUCAAGCCCCUUGUGGGAUGCAAAUCGUGGAGUGCCCUGCACCGUGCCCAGUUCAAGUCUCCCAGGUGAAGUGCCAAGCUCCCUGCCAGCCCCAGACCAUUCAGGUGAAAGGCCAGGCUCCAUGCCAGUCGCAGACCACCACGGUGAAGGGCCAGGCUCUAGGCCAGGCCCAGGCCGCCCAGGGUAGCAUCCUGGCUGCAGGCCAGGCCCAGGCCGCGCCGGGGAGCAUCCUGGCUGCAGGCCAGCCCCAGGUCUGCUACGUGCAGUGCGGAGCCCCAUGCCCUGUUCAGACCUGCUUUGUAGAAUGCGCUCCGGCUUGUUACACAGAAACUCGCUACGUGGAAUGCCCCGUCCAAACCUAUGUACCCUACCCGGCUCCCCAGCCUGUCCCGAGGUAUGUGGCGUACCCCUCGGCGGGCCAGACUCAAGGAAGAUUCUCCACCCAGUGCCAGUACCAGGGCUCCUUCGGCCAGGGCUCCUUCGGCGGCUGCGCCUCCCAGCGUCAGUCCCGGCCUUCGUUCCGCACGUAUGCACCCCAAUGCCAGAGCCAGGGCUCUUACGGGGGCUUCCCCAUGCAGCGUCGGGCUAGGAGCACCAGCAGAUGCAUCCCUCAAAGCCAGAUGCGGCCUUCUUACCGCAGCUGCUCCCCACCCCGCCAGAUGCGGCCUUCUUACCGCAGCUGCUCCCCACCCCGUCAGAUGCGGCCUUCCUACCGCAGCUGCUCCCCACCCCGUCAGAUGCGGCCUUAUUACAGCAGCUGCUCCCCACCCCGCCAGAUGCGGCCUUCCUACCGCAGCUGCUCCCCUCCACGGCGCUCCGAGCCCUACUAUAGCAGCUGCAUGCCCUCCUCUAAUUACUGCACCCCACCCCGCCGCUCCGAGCCCAUCUACCACAGCUGCAGCGCUCCGCAGCGCCCCAUGGCCAGCUGCCCCCAGAGACAAGGGCCCCGGUGCCGCAUCGAGAUCUCCUCGCCCUCCUGCCCCAGGCAGGUGCCCCCCCAGAGGCGCCCGGUGCAGCUCCCCCCCAUUGGCCGCUGCUCUGAGAGCUGCGCCCCGAGGCCCUCCUGGGGCUCCUCCUGCCCGGAGCUGAGGCCGCGUCCGCUCCCCAGCUUCUGCCCGCCCAGGGGUUAUGACCAGUGUCCGAUGCCCGCCCCGCGACCGUCACGCCCAUCACGGCGGUGCGAAAGCCCGGAGCGACGCCCCCAGUAUUCUCCACCGAGGCGGUUUCCUGAGCCCGGUCCGUGUCGGGAGCCGAGCCCAGCCCCGCGUCCAGCCCCACGUUCUGGCCCAUCGCGGUGUGAGUUUCCAGAGCCGCCCCGUCCGCAGUCCUAUGAGCGCCCAGAACCGUGUCCGGAGCCCAUUCCCCUCCCGGCGCCCUGCUCCAGCCCAGAGCCCUGCGUGCAGCCCCAGCGCGGCCCCAGCCCCUGCUCAGGCCCGAUGAUGGCAGGCUCAGGAGACCUCGGCUGCCAUGAGUCCCGCCCAGGCCGCCUGGACAUGGAGGGCCCCAGCUGCGGCCCAGCGGCUUACAACCAGUGCGGAGAGGGUGGUGAUGCCAGCUUUGGACCUUGUGAUGUGUUCCCAGAGCCGCAGCGGGGUCUGGGCGGUUAUGGGGACCAAGGAGGCGGCUCUGUUGGAGUGAAAGGAGGCGGCGCCUCUGUCGGAAUGAAAGGUGGGGACUACUAUGCCGGAGUCAAGAGCGCCUACUUCUAAAGGAAGCGUGGCGUGGCGGAAGCAUCCUUGCCUCCUGCCCUGAAACGGUGGCUCCUCCUCCCCCAGCAGCCACAGUUUCCCUGCUUUUGUUUGCAAUGCUCCAAAGAUAGUCAGAGGCUCCCCGCUGCAAAGGCGACGAUGUCCUUUACAUGUCAUCAUAGGACCCACACCUGCGUCUCAGACACCUGUGGCCUCAUGUGUCCGACUCCUCUCCCAUAAGCAUCCUCUGUUCCAGCCGGACCAGUCUCACAACCAGGGCACAUCUUGGGUGUUCCCCAGGACAUACCUUAGCCAUCCCUGCCUCCAAGCCUCUGUCCAUUCCUCACCCCCGGGAUUCCUGGACCACUUCUUCGCUCCUCCCAAUAUCUGAAACCCAACCCAUCUUUCAUGACCUCUUCCUUGGAGCCUUUUCUGCUUAUUACCACUCACAGAAGCCUGCACUGACUUCCUAAAACACACUGCAUCGUCCACACAUCCAUUUGCCAAGUGCCUUGCAACAUCUCUUGAACUAUUUAAUUUUUCAGGCGUGUCUGACUUACCUGCCCAGCUAGAUUGUAAGCUCCCAUUUGAGUGGAGUCAGAAUAUCCCCGAAGUCCCUGGCUUCUCCUGGGGCAGGCAGCUACUCCUCAAGGUUUGUUGGUUGGCAGCUUGAGCCAUGAUCAGUCCUGCUGGGCAACCCCAAGCCUGGGACAAGAAGAAACCAUGUAACAAUAAAGAUAAUGCUACACUC